AUGGAGCAUUCAAUUCAACAAUCACAAGUUGCCAACUUCCAGGUACCGCAAGGCUGUUGCUGUCUCUGCCAGUGUUUCUGUUCCCCACAGCCAUUUAUGCAGAACGCAACAAUGGCUCCAAUGAUUCAUGAAGAGACCAUGCAGAUGCCUGUGAAAGCGACGAUCGAAGAGAGUUUGCCAAUGAACUCAACGUCAUGCAUCUGCUGCUAUUGUUGCAGCUAUCAGCCUCACGAGGUUACAGCGACGAAUGGCAAAGCCUACGAGGCACCGCUUCCUCCCGAAGUACUGGCUGGACAGCCUUGCCUCAUAUAUCAACAUCCGUCCGAAGUAAGGAUUAACUAUACACGCAUCCCAGUAACCAAUGUCCAGGCUCCGUCAUCAAAACCAGUCAUGAAAUUAUGCUGCUGCUGCUGUAAUAAACACCAGAAGCAGCAAGCACAGGCACAGCAGAUGUAU